CAGCUGAUUGAAACUGAGAACAAAGCAGCGGCAUACAGUUCAGCUAUCCAGAGCAGCAGGCAGAACCACACUCCCAGAAUGCCAGAGCAGAGCAACGACUACCGGGUGGUGGUGUUUGGAGCCGGCGGAGUGGGUAAGAGCUCACUGGUCCUUCGGUUCGUCAAAGGCACCUUCAGAGACACCUACAUCCCCACUGUGGAGGACACGUACAGACAGGUGAUCAGCUGCGACAAGAGCGUCUGCACGCUGCAGAUCACCGACACGACAGGAAGUCACCAGUUUCCCGCCAUGCAGCGCCUUUCCAUCUCCAAGGGCCAUGCCUUCAUCCUGGUCUUCUCCAUCACCAGCCGCCAAUCACUGGAAGAGCUGAAACCCAUUUACCAGCAGGUCCUGGCCAUCAAAGGUACCGUGGAGUCCAUUCCUAUCAUGCUUGUGGGCAACAAAAGUGAUGAGACGGCCCAGCGGGAGGUGGAGAGGAAGGAAGCCGAGGCUCAGGCCGCCACCUGGAAGUGUGCCUUCAUGGAGACGUCGGCCAAGACAAACUCCAACGUGAAGGAACUGUUUCAGGAGCUGCUGUCCCUGGAGAAGAAGAGGGACAUGAGCCUGAGCAUCGACGGCAAGCGCUCAGGAAAACAGAAACGAGCCGACAAGUUGAAGGGGAAGUGCAGCAUCAUGUAG